GGCUUGCAAGGCGGCUGCAGCGGUGCUGACACCUUCCAGGACAACAGCAAGGGCCAAAUUUUUGCCGCCAAAUAUUCUCCUCUGAGCCAGCUGUAGAGGUUGCAGUCUUGUUUGCUUUUUCGCACCUCUGGUAUAUUUUGUGAUUGUAACUUAUGAGUGCAAUGUGUGACCGAAAAUUGGAUGACAUCGAGAGGACGCUUGAAGAAGCGAAAAUCAAAACCACUUGGCUCAAUCCGGUCACUCAAAUUAUCAGGUUUGCCGAUGAAGAGCCCGAGUACAAAUGUCUGGAGCUCAACAAGGACUUGCUGGAAACCCUUGAAUCGGGCCAGAGUUUGGUUAUUCGAGGAGACAAAAACGACAACGCCGUUCUGUGCACAAGCAGCAAAACCUAUGAUUUAAAGGACACUGAGACAUCAAAUUCCCUUUUAAUAAUGCAGUCUUUGACUUAUCAUAAAGAUAUCAAACAUUUGCAAGGAGACGAUAUUGACAGAACCGUAGAAAUUAAAAUUGUUGACAAAUUAGUACACAACUACUUGGAACCAAGACUCAUUCAACCUCAUUUAAAGAUAAUUCAAGAGCUGCUGAGCAAACGUCUUUUCAAGGGGCCCGAAAGGGAAUCUGAAGACUACACUGAGGAUUUAUACAGUCUUGAUAAAUUACUGACUACAGUUCAGGCAAGUGAGGAGGAAAUUCUGAACGAGCUAUUUGCUCUGAAUGCUAUUGAAUACAAAGGAUAUUGGCGCCUGUUGGAAUUUGAAUAUCAUUUCAGAAUAUUUUCUUUCAUUACCACAUAUAUCGAGCAAGAGUCGGUACCUUUCGAUGAAAUAGACAAGGAAGCUUGCUGUGCGGCUCAUGCAGAAAUUGUCCCAAAAGAAAUUUUUGAACAAGUUUUCAAAUACUACACUGAUCUUAAUUAUGAAAAACCAGGUUUGGGAUACUACAUUUUGAAAAAAGACAAGGUGUGUCGGAUGGUAGCUGAGAGCAUUUUGAAAGCAGCAAGGAAGUUCAACCUCAACGAAUUCCUCCCAGUCUGGCAAGAGAGUGUCAUUCCUGGUCUAGAGACAAAUCUGAAUCAACUAACUGGAAUAGUAAUAAUCGCCAAAGAUUCCAGCCCACCAGCAAUUUGGUAUUUUCCAGAGAGAGAUUUGCCUGAAGACGUAAAUUUGAGACUACAGCGUUUAUUCCAAGAGAGGUCGUCCUGGCCUAUGGAUGACAUUGUGCCGUACAUGCAGAGACUUGCUACAGCUCAGCUUCCUGUAAAUGCUCUGUUGGCAAAAUAUGCUAGAAUGUCUACCAAGGAGGGCAUCAAGUAUUUUACUGGACGUCAUGCAAAAUAAUAACAUAAUAAUUAUAUAAUUAUUUUGUCAAUUCUUAAAUUCCCUAAUUGUUUCAAUGUACAAAAAAAUUAACCUAUUCUAAAUAAAA